AUGAGAUAAUUAGAACAACCACCCAAAAGAAGCCAUCCAUGUUGGCUACAAAAAUCCUAGAAUAUGAAUAAGAGUUUUUCACUUCAAAUAUUCAAAAUUUAUUUCUUAAAAAUAAAUGCUUAAACAUAGUUUAUAUUCCCUUAGAAACAUGUUCAUGCAUCAAGUUAAAAUUUUAGUCUUUUGCAAUAAGCAUAAAAAUUCUUUAAAUACCUCCCCUCUGAUGUAAUAGAGAGAUUAUUUAUUCAAUAGGUGGGGAUAGAUGAGUAAAAGAGUAAAAUUAUUGAUUUAUAUUAAUCAAGGAUUUAUAGAAUUUUGUGAAGAAAAUGAUCCUGUUGAAGAAGCCUUAAUGAAAAAACUUAGAAAAAAGAAGAAUGUUCUUUCAACACUACUAUUUGAAUUGUAAGAAUAUUCUCUCGAAAGACCUAAAAUUAUAGAUUUAAUAACGUAAUUAGUUUUUUUAUUUUCAGUUAGAUCUUACGAAAGGCAAGUUAAAAAGGGGAGUAAUAUCUACAGAUGAAAUCAUACUAGCCUUUCUAGCCUUCGGCAUCUAAUUAUUUCGUUUCGAGCUAAUAAUCAUUUAAUAAUUCCUCCAUCAAUCGCUCUGAACAAAAAGAACCUCAUGGAGAUAGGUUGUAUUUCUUUUAGUAAAGAAGCUGA